UCGCAUUCAGUUUGCCGGUCAGUAUAGAUAGAUACUUCUUAUCAAACUGUGGUUAACGUAGUAUUUUUGUAUUCUGAUUAUUACAAAAAUACACAUUUUGAUAAAUUUAUUUUAAAAUUCAGUUUAAAAAUUAUAAAUAAAUGAAAAUCUCUUAAGAUGGAUAAUGUUUAUCAUAUUUUGAGUAAAGAAAUCAAUAUCGACAAGGAACGUCAGCGUUAUACUAAACUUUACGAUAUUAUAAGGAAAACAAUCUUAGAUGGUUUAAAAAGAAACGAUAACUUCAAAACAUUGUUUAGCAAUGAAAAAUUAUGUGGUAGCUACGCAGACAAUUUAAAAGUAUCCAAACCCAACGAAUUUGACAUUGUUAUUCGUCUUCAAUUUCCCGCAAAAGAUUAUGUUCAAAUUUAUCCAGACAACGAAAACAAGGGUAAUGUUUUCAUUGAUUUAACUGAUGUACUAACUAGCUUUCGGCGCGAUAUUCAAAAAGAAAACAAUAUGUACGUUUUUCUAAGUAAAUUAGUCGACAGCCAAGGUUUGUUGUUGGAAAACAAAUUUCAACAAUGGCUUCAGAGUCUUAUGACAGAUGUUUUGACGAAAAUCAAUAAAACAAUCAUAUAUGGAAAUGAAGAAUACAAAUUAAAGUACAGAAGAGAAGGACCCGCUCAUAAUAUUAUAGUACAAAAUAUCAAAGAAAAUCAACCUCUUUUCUCCAUUGAUUUUGUUCCAGGAUUUGUAUUUCCAAUUGAAAAAUCUGUAUCGUCAAGAAUUCCAAAUUCAGCAUUUUGGGAAGCCAUACCAAGGCCAUUGAAAGGACUCCAUAAUGGACAGUUAAAUAAUUCAUCAUUUAGAACUUCUUAUACGGAUUCGGAACGUUUACUUAUAUCUGGAAAAAACCAGAUGAAAAAUGCUCUGAGACUUGUAAAAAAAUAUCGUGAUCUUAGAACCAAUAUGAAGCAUUUGAAGAGUUAUUAUAUUAAAACACUCUUUCUAUGGAUGAAUGAAGAUUAUGACAAGACAUUUUGGAAUAAACCGAUAUUUGAAAUUAUGCUGGUGGUAUUUCAAAGACUUGAAGAAUGUCUUCUUGAUGGAAAAAUACAAUUCUUUUGGCAUGAUGAAUUGAAUUUGCUACAAACCUUAAAGUCAACACAAAUAAAAGAGAUGCAUGGUGAAAUCAUCAGGGCAAUAAAAACCUUAGAAAAGGCUUCAAGAAAGGACAUACUUGAUCUCUUUUUAUCAUCUGAGGAACAAGCUAGAGUAACACAUAGAGAAUUGGCUGUUAUAUCUGAUAGCGUUGAAGAAUUUCGAGAGAAAAACAAUAAGCCUUUUUACUGUUAUAUUACUGUUUAUAUGCUUGUAAUAAGUUUUCAAUUAUUCAGAGCUUUAAGGCAGUAGGUAUAAAAAUAAUAUGUACUUAUUUUUUUAAAAUGUGCAAGCUAUUUUUCGUAUUCCACUAAGUAUUUUAGAUUUUAUGUUUUUGAAGAACUGAAAUAUUAAUUACUUUAAACUAGGAUUAAUUAAAUUAAUUAUUUAAUUAAUUAAUGACUAUGACUUUUAUCAUUUUUCUUUCUUAUGAUAUGUUUUAUAAUAAUUGAAUUAUUUUAUUUUUUUUAACAUAGACAAAUAUGUACAACUUUUAAAUAUC